GGGGGGGAUUUUUCAAGUGGGUCGAAAUCAACGAUUCUUCAGAUCAUUUGUGCGUUCAAACUUCAAAACCACGCGAUCCUCUCUUCCUUCGCUGAUCCACGCAUCUCAAUGGCUCCCGCCGCCGUCAACCGAUGGCUGCGGCCCGAGGUUUACCCUCUCUUCGCCGCCGUAGGUGUGGCCGUUGGGAUCUGUGGGAUGCAAUUGAUUCGGAACAUCUCCACUAACCCUGAAGUCAGGGUGACCAAGGAAAACCGCACUGCUGGCAUACUGGAGAAUUUCACAGAAGGAGAGAAAUAUGCUCAACAUGCUGUCAGAAAGUUUGUUCGCAACAGGUCUCCGGAGAUCAUGCCAUCCAUCAAUGGCUUCUUCACCGACCCUGAAUGAAAUAUUUCAGUCGCAUUAUGAAUUAUGAACCCCCAUUGUGUUGGUUGCAUUCGCAACUUCUAUUUUUCUAACCUUGCCGGUUAGCACUGUUUCUAAAUGGAUGUAAGAUGCAAUUCUUAUGGAACUAAUUGAACUUAUAAGCAAGUGUGAUUGAAAUGUUUGAAUAAAUACAAGUUGUUGAGACAU